GCCAUACUUUAUGCAAUGGGAAACAUUUAAACAUUUAUUCUCAAAACUCAACUUCAAUCUCGUCCCGACUUCUUUGUUCCCUGCACCAUAAAUAACUUAAGGCCAAAAAUAAAAUGAAUAGCUCAGUCUGAUUCGUUCAAUACCAAAGUCGAGCAUUUAUAGCAGAUUGUCGAUUCCCGUCAAUGCACACAUUAGUAAAACAGGUGGAUGCUGAACAAGAGAGAGAGAGAGUUUUGCAGUCUGCCCACUUUUACUGCAGCUCACUGUGACUCAGCAAGCAAAACACCAGUUUCGGGAUGAGAGACUGCAAACGGAUGUAAAUAUCUUGGGACGGGCUAAUAACAAGCAUGUUAGUUUUCCAGACUGAGACAGGAGACUAAAGCCGAUAGAGACAGAUGAUGAACGUCGACGUAUUUUAUAUGGAAAUCCGGAAAAUGCUGCAGUUGGAUUUAAGGCACAAUCAGUCCGCAUUGAAUUUGUGAAUCAAAAGGGAUGAGAUUAAUCUUUCACACACUUUCACAAAAAGCUGGGCAGAGGUUUUGCAACAGAAGACCCACGAGACCGUAACUGUUGUGUGUGGCUGCAGAAUCAAAUUACGCACGUUUUAUUCCCUCCGUAACUAUAUCUUAGGAAGGAGAGUUUCGUGUAGCAAGGGAGCAAGAAUUAAACCAAAAAAAAAUAUCUCACAUAUCAGAGGCAAUGCUCCACAGUUUACUAUGAAAACAGGACACACCCGGAGGGAGUGCGAUUCACUUACACACACUCCCUGAAAGCUUUGCUUUGUAUACAGAAAUGGCGACUGCCUCAGACUACCAGAGGCAAUACGAUAUGAAGGAUGAGGCAGACGGUGUGGAGAUGCAGUCGGAUGAGGGGACUGAGUGGCUCAUGGAGCUGCUGACUGACGUGCAGCUCCAGCAGUACUUCCUGCGUAUCCGUGACGACCUCAAUGUUACGCGCCUAUCACAUUUUGACUAUGUCAAAAACGAGGACCUUGAAAAGAUUGGCAUGGGCCGCCCAGGACAGAGGCGUCUGUGGGAUGCGGUCAAAAGGAGAAGGGCUUUGUGUAAGCGCAAGUCAUGGAUGAGCAAGUCUUUGUGCUUGGGCCAACAGGUAUUCACAGGGAAACGUCCCGAUUCUGAUUCCCAAACCCCAGGUUCGUUACGAAGUUCAUCGCCCUUAUCAACUAAUCCAGACGCACAACUGGCAGACCUCACCUGCCUCAUCAGUGACAGAGACCUCACCCUGUAUGAGAAACUGGGUGAUGGAUCAUUUGGAGUGGUAAAUCGUGGAGAAUGGCAAGCCCCUUCAGGAAGAGUGUUGAAUGUGGCAGUGAAGUGCCUGAAGACUGAUCUGUUGGACCAGGGUGACGGUCUAGAUGACUUCAUAAGGGAAGUGAAUGCCAUGCACUCCCUGGAUCACCAAAAUCUUAUUCGCCUGUAUGGUGUUGUCCUUACGCAUCCCAUGAAGAUGGUUACAGAGCUCGCCCCAUUAGGUUCUUUGUUGGACCGCCUGAGAAAACGACAAGGCCAUAUAUUGAUAUCAGUGCUGUGCCAUUACACCGUUCAGAUUGCCUGUGGCAUGGCGUACCUGGAGUCCCGACGGUUUAUCCACAGAGACCUGGCAGCACGCAACAUCCUCUUAGCCACCAAUGACCUGGUAAAGAUCGGGGAUUUUGGCCUCAUGAGAGCUUUGCCUAAAAACGAUGAUCAUUACGUCAUGCAAGAGCACCACAAAGUCCCGUUUGCCUGGUGUGCUCCAGAAAGCCUAAAGACACGUACUUUCUCCCAUGCCAGUGAUACUUGGAUGUUUGGAGUAACGUUGUGGGAAAUGUUCACUCAUGGGCAAGAACCCUGGGUUGGGCUCAAUGGGAGCCAGAUUCUUCAUAAGAUCGAUAGGGAGUCAGAGAGGCUUAUCAAACCAGAAGACUGUCCACAGGACAUUUAUAAUGUCAUGCUACAAUGCUGGUCACCCAAACCCGAGGACAGGCCGACAUUUGUGUCUCUCAGGGACUUUCUUGUGGAGACAAUGCCAACUGAUAUGAGGGCACUGCAGGACUUUGAUGAGCCAGACAAACUUAAAAUUAAUUCCAAUGAUGUCAUCACCAUCAUCGAGGGCAGAGCGGAGAACUACUGGUGGAGGGGUCAGAACAGGCAGACUUUAAAAGUGGGACAGUUCCCCAGGAACGUGGUGACAUCUGUGGCUGGCCUGUCUGCUCAUGACAUCAGCCGACCUCUCAAACACAGUUUCAUCCACACAGGCCACGGAGACACAGACCCACACCGCUGCUGGGGCGCCCCGGACAAGAUCGAUGACUUGUACCUUGGUAAUCCUAUGGAUCCUCCUGAUGUUCUUGGGUUUGAUUCAGAUACAGCCAAGCCUACAAAACUACCAAACCGGUCCAAAAAACCGUUCUACGACUCUGUGCUCGAUGAUGAUGACGACGAUGAUUUGAUAGUGACAGGUGUGAAGAAGCUCUCCUAUAAGACCCCAACAUACUUGGGUUUGCGUCUCCGCCCUUGGGAAAGUACCAGCCCAAGGGACCGUCUCAGCGAAGUGUCCCUUAUAGACUUCGGGGAUGACAGUUUCAGCUCAACCUCGCCCUCCCCCAUUACAGAAACUCCCAACCCCAGCACACCAAAACCAACCCUGUCCUCCGCUGCUUCCAUUCUGGACAUGGCACCACCGCAGAGCCCCAACCGUUCUCUGCCCAACCCCUUGCACCCCACACCGGUGGUGGAUUGGGACAUGCGCCCCUUGCCGUGUCUCCCAGCGUAUGACGAGGUGGCUGUGGAGUGUGAGGAGCAGGAGGAUAUUGAGGUGCGUUCCAUAAAUGCAUCUGCGGUGCAUGAAGACACAACAUCUCAAGAGAUACGAUCAGAAGAUGAUGCUAAACGCAACGUGGAGGACAAUCUCUUUCUACCAUCCAAGAGCAUUGAGGAAAGCCAUUCCUUUUCACAAUCAGCAGAUAUUUUCAAGGAACUCCAGAGGGAGGCCAUGGUGAAACUUCGCGUCCCUCCGACAGGACGUUCCCUUCCUUCUUCACCCAUUCCUCUUGUACCACACCGCCAGAUCAUCCUACCCUCAUCCUACGAGGACAAACCUCAGCUCCCCCCCAGAAUCCCCAUCCCACCCAUGCGGCCCUCUAGGCGGGCAGGAAUAUACGGCAGCAGACUGUCAAUCUCCCCCGGAGACCACGAAGAUGGGAGCCGUUGUCCACCUCAGAUACCCCCAAGGGAUCACGCAUUAUCCCAGCCCAACUCUCGGGCAGCGAGCCCUAUGGCACCGCAGGGAGGCUCCCCUCAACAAAGAUCCAGCCUUUGCUGUGUCGGAUCAUUGGGUUCCUGCCUCUCCCCGUCAUCUUAUUCCUCAGCGCCAUCCAGCUCCUCCGCCACCUCUUACACAUCCACGGCCACCACCACCAGUUCUCAGUAUGGCUCAACUGACGUGAGGCAAACCCAGAGCCCCUGCACCCUGCCUAGCUUAUAUGGAGGUGUAAAGGCGACUACGACUCAUUAUUAUCUUCUACCAGAGAAACCAACAUAUUUGGACAAGUUUGAUCGGUUCUUAAAGGAACCGGAGGGGAGUGAUGAGAAAAGAGCCACAAAUAUGGCCACUGUCAGGCCCAUGGUUCAACAGCAAGUCAAUAAGCCCAACCUUUCCCCUGUGCACCCCAAUAACAGUGGGAGCUCCCAAAAUCUGGUUUGGCCGGGAGGACCAGUCACACCGUCUACUACCUACAAUCGUGUCCCAGUACAACAAGUUCAGGAGGCGGUACAUGGCGUAACCGUAGAGGAAUGUCAAACGGCUCUUCAGACUCAUAGCUGGAACAUUCAGGAGGCUGUGAAAUACCUAAAGGUGGAGCAGCUGUUUAGACUCGGUCUGAAAGCUCGUUCUGAAUGUGUGGAGGUUUUGGAAAGAUGUGACUGGAAUCUGGAACAGGCCAGCACCCAAAUGCUUGAUUCCUAUGGUCCAUCUAGACAUAGGUUCUAACAGCAAGAGGAUGGAGAACUGAACUAUUCUCCGUUCCAAUAAAGCAAAUGAGAAUCAAGCCUCACUGAAGAUAUCUGCAGGUCAUUUACAUUUCAUUGCUUUGCUGCUUAUAAUAAAUGCAAACUUGAAGUACAAUAGUGUGUAAAACAUAGAAAAGGAACAAUGUAGAAGAUUUUGUUGUAUGCAACGCCUGCUUAGUAAGUUUUAAGAUUCUCAAUUAUGAUACAAGGUUUGCUUUGACUGACUGCUUGAUCUUAUGUUGUGAUUUUACGAGACAGCAUCCAAUGCUUGUAGUUUAUUAAGAAUAUUUUAUGUUAAGCGAUCACGACAGUGUAUUGUACUGCCACAAGAAACUUAGUUGUUGUCAUGUACUGUAUUAAGUCAGAAUUUUCAUUUUGAUGCCUAUUUUAACUUAUAUAAGCAUUGUGGUGCUGCUUAGCAGAAGUAUAUACGUAUAUAAGUAAAGCCUAUUUUUUGUUUUAUUGUAUGCUGAAAAUGAGUGAAAAUGCACUGUAACAUUUUUUGAGUCUUUUACAAAGUAAAAUACAAGGAGUCGGAGUGUUCACCCAUUGUUUGAAAAGGAUACAUAGUGACACAAAAUUUUGUUUACCUGGCUUCCAUUUGGAUUUAAAUGUAAUCUAAAGAUUGCAUUUUAUGACACCCAUGAUUAUUAUUCUCUAUAGGCCACCUCCAAUAAUCUUUGAUCAUUAUCAAAUGAAAAUACAUGCUGACACAAUACAUGUUUUUCAUUUACAGUUCUCUAAAGCAGCCAAUUGGCUUUCAGUAUGAAAGCAUGUGUUUCUGCUGCUACACCGAUGUGUGAAACAGGCCUGACCAAUCCUGCUCAUUAUUUAACCUUUGUGUAUUGUUCAAAUUUACUACCCUAUUGUUAUGUUCGGGAUGACAACAUCCACUAAAUGAAAAUGUAUCAGAUAAAUAUUUUUUUCAAUCUCUUUUGCAUAAAUCUUUAAAUCAACCUCAGUCCUGAUCAAAACUACUAAAUGUUCUUUAAUUGGCAAGUUCAUAAAUUAUGUCACUGAUUUGGGGAAAAACUCACAAAAUUACUUUUUUCAAUAUAAAAAGUGAUUUUUAUAUUGCACAUUUUUUUUGCAUAGAUCUGUUAGUCAACCUCAGUCCUGAUCAGAACUACUAAAUGUUUACAAAAAUGCCAGGAUUUUAACUCUUUAAUUGCCAAGUUCAUAAAUGAUGUCACUGAUUUGAGUGGAAAAAAAAGACACACAAAACAACUUAUUUUUAAUAUAAAAAGUGAUUGUGGACUGGAUUUUUUGACCUUUUAUCACGGUCUUUGGCAAGUCAAAGAUUAGUAACAACAAAGCUUUGAUGCAUUGUUAGUUUUUGUGCAGCAUCAGAUUUUAUUUUUUACAUUUACCAGAAACUAACCUUUGGUUUUGCACAGGCCUCUCUAAAGGGUUAACGGUGAUCAACAGUAAAAAUACAAAUUUUACCUCUUCCCAAAAGGGAAAACCAUCAACAAACAAGAAUGCAUGAUAAUAAGGUGUCAUGGCUUUGCAAGCAAAAAAAUUGUUAUAAUGGAAGUCAGUGGGCCAAAAACAGCCACGAACAGUAAAUGAGGGAGAAAACAAAAUAAAAGCUGCAAAAACUAACACUGCAUCAAAGCCAAUGUUUUUACUAAUCUUUGACAUGCCCAGGACUGUGAUAAAAGGUAAAAAAAAUCCAGUCCACAAUCAUUUAAUCAUUUUUAUAUUGAAAAUAAUAAGUAAUUAAAUCAGUGACAUUAUUUAUUAAUGUGGCAUUUUAAAUCGCUAAAAUCCUGGAAUUUUUGUCAAUAUUUAGUAGUGUUGAUCAGUACUUAUGUUGAUUUGCAGACUUUUUUUAAAUAAGAUUUAUCUGAUACAUUUUUACAGCAGUUUAAUUAAGUGGAUGUUUUCAUCCUAAACAUAACGAAAGCGUUGUGAAUUUGCCCAUGGUGUAUUGUUAAGUUUUUGCAAAAUUUCAAAGCAUUUUCCCAAAAUAUGAGUCAAUGUAAGAUUUGUCACCAAAAUCAUCCCAUUUGCUGAAACACAGAGAAAUUUGUGGCCAAAUUAAUAUUUGAAAGCAUCCCAUAGUGGAUGAAAACGUCCCCAACAUAACAUAAGGGUUAAUUCAUGAAGUUGCAUGCAGAUCACAGACCUUAUGCUAAUUUGAGUUUUUACUAGAUUAUGAAUAUUUUUCUGUGUUUUUUAUGUGCCAUGAUGAUAGCAUAGUUAUUGUCAUUUGUAUUUAAUCACCAGACCACCAAAGACGUGUGUCAUAUUCUUUCAUUUGUUCCAUUUUGUAUGAAGAACAUGCUUUAUAGUAUUGAAUAAGGCAUUAUGAGCUUUGCAAUUUUACUCAGGAUCAUGUCACAGAAACUGCAGUUAGUCUCUUAACUGUGUGAAAAAUAGAUCGCUUGUAAUAAUAAACUGUUGAUGGGUCACAUUUAUGUGUCACACACUGUGAAUGAACCACAUACAGACAUUUGAUUGCAAAUUGAGGCUUCUGCUUUGCAUCUUGUGCUUUAGUUUGAAAUGUUUAUCUGCCACUUUGUCCAGAUGCUCAGUAUUAUAUUUAUUUUUUACUUGCACUGGUUUUGUGUAUACGUUUAUGCAAUUUUUGCAAUGCAGUUUUUAAAAUAUAGCCUGGUCAGUGCUCACCUCAUCAUGUAGGACUUACGCCACUCUUUAUAAAGUGGUUGGCAGAAUGCUGGGCUUAUUGUAAAAGCUUUAUAAGUAUAAAUUGUAUAAUUAUUUAUCUGUAUUUUUGUAAUAAAAUACAUCUGUAAAUCUGG